CCAAUAUUUUGGACGGAAUAUCAUUUCAGAUAGCAAUUUAUAUGUGAUCUUUAAUAAUGUGAAAUAAAUCUUGCAACUUAUCCAAGAUGAAUAUCUGGUCAGGAACCAUCACACUCAACGGUGAACAAGGCCUCAAGGACAUAAGCCUAGUAGAUGCCACGUCCACGAGUCAUAUUGAUAUAUCCGAGGAUUGCGCCUUUAGCCUCCGAUGUUUCGUGAACCCGUCUCUCAUUCCAUUGUGGGCUCGGGCUGGUUCAAGUUUGGAGCUACAUACUACCAACCAUGAAACGUCCCAGUGGCUGAAGGACAGUCUUUUGUGCAGUGAAUGGCCUGAUAGUGAAGAUCUGGAAAAGUUCCAAUCGCUACAAUGUCCUGUUGGCAUGCUCAUCAGCGUCAACAAACCCACGCGAGGAAUCUCCGGCUUUCUGAUAUCCGACUUUCUUGUAUACGGCGUUCUAAGCAGCCCUUCGGGGCUCGAUCGACCUCCUACUCCUCCAGUUUCGUUUUCUACGGCGUUUGAGAAGCAGAUUAGUCUGGGGGCACCACAGGAGUUGAAGUUGUUUGCUGCUCCUCUCUCUGCUGGUCUCAUUGAAAAGGCCCAAGGCAUCCCAUCGCCCCCUCCCAGCCCAGCUGAUACAAACAUACAAACCGAGCAUUAUGCCGAGUUUCUUCCAGACCUUCGGUCUUCGAGCCCUAAGCGAAAGCGAAUGGCUACUCUGUUUGAGGUUGCUGCGCAACAUCACAAGAGGGUUCGGCAGAGGGGAGGCGAGGCCGUGUCACAGUUGAUGGCUCCCACCGUUUUCCAGUCUUCACAGCAACUCAGCCUACUCAAAAUCAAACGAGAAUCCGAAGAGCCCUCUCUUCCCGUGUUAGAGAAGAUUGCGUUUCAUCGGUCUAGGUCUUUGUCGCUUGGCACGAACUUGAAUCCUAACAAAAUCCCGGACCAUCAAGUGGACAAUAAUAGGCCAAGCAGUGCUCGAUCACAUGUCCGCAAUAUUAUGGCCAAGAAGCUGGCGUCUACAGUGGCUCUAGAAAAGGAGGCAUCACCUGCAUUGACUGCGACUUUUGAAGAAACAGGAGAACCAUCUUCCACGCCAAAGGAUGCUGAAAGUAUAAUUUCCGAGAAUAAGAGCCUCAUCACGCGCACCAUACUGACGUGUAUGCGGCUCUACGGGUUCAAUCGAACAAAUACCCGAUCAUCAACGAUUAAAAAUACUCUCUACACCGCUGUAAACUUGAACGGCGAACCAUGUCAUGACGGGGAAACGGAGACCCGCAUCUUAGCCAACGACAGUGCUGUUAUGAUACCCCCAGCGGUAACUGAUGAGGACGAGUUCAAGGCUAUGUACCAUGCAACCUAUCGCGCUGCGACCUUUGCGCUGCGAAAAUAUCUGAAGGAAAGCGCAAAUGGUGUAUCCUCGGCACAAUUGCCCCCUGUCUUGAAGAAAGAAAGGGCAACGAGCAUGGUAGACGAAUUCCUGCGGCUAUUCUGCGAGGAAGACUGAAGCUGUUUGCACUGCUUGGGUUAGAAACUUUUACGACGAGACGAUAUAUUUAUAUGACUUGAUGAAUUAUAUUGAACAUCAUAGAUAUCC